UAUUGAUUUGACGUGGUACCAUGUCGAUGUAAAUAACCUAUUUUACUUUUAGUAGGAGGAAUUUAGUUCUGAGACUCCAAAAUGCAUUCUGUAAUACAAAGGGGCAACUCUAUUUUAGCUUAUGCUCUCAGUGUUUUGGCUUGUUUAACUUUUGUUUGUUUUGCUUCAACAGUUUUUUUAAACUAUGUUACAGAUGCAAAAAUGAAUACAGUUAAAGUCGUAGUAAAAAAUGUCCCAGAUUAUAGUGCAAGUCGAGAGAAAAAUGAUCUAGGUUUCCUUACGUUUGAUUUACAAACAGAUUUGACUCCUUUAUUUAACUGGAAUGUUAAACAGCUAUUUUUAUAUUUAACAGCAGAGUACGAGACAGUUAACAAUGAAUUAAAUCAGGUCGUUCUGUGGGAUAAGAUUAUUUUAAGAGGAGAAAAUGCACUGUUGGACUUCAAAAAUAUGAAUACAAAAUAUUACUUUUGGGAUGAUGGAAAUGGCUUAAAGGGAAACAAAAAUAUAACAUUAACAUUGUCCUGGAAUAUAAUUCCUAAUGCUGGACUUUUACCAAAUAUUUUUGCUAGUGGAAGCCAUUCGUUCCAGUUUCCAUCUGAAUACACAACAUCAAGAAUGUAAUAUAUUUAUUAUUUUCAAUAAAAAAAUAAUAAACAGGG